AGUUCUACCUGCUGAAGGAUUAAAUCUUAUAUUUAAGACUGACAGAAGACAGCUACUGCGCGAGUUCAGACGGACAUGGCGCUGCAAAGACUGAAUGCCUGCUCUCGUGCUUUGCUGACUGAUUUGUCCAGAGUUGCAGUGCUUCGAGGAGCCAUUAAAUCAGACUGUUUAAAAUGUCGAGAUGGAGCUAAACGUUAUCUCUUGUCUGAAGAAGUGGUGAAGCUGCAGGAUUUUCAGCAGAGGAAACUUACUGUUGCCUUCCAGUUGUCAGAAUCAAAAGGUUAUUACUUUGAUGAAGUGAAUCGGAAAAUGGAGAAAAAACAGCUUAUUUCAAAGGAUGAAUUGAAAAUACUUCUGUAUUUGUGCCAUUCUGUUGAAGAUGUUUUUAUGGCGAGAAAUGCUAUGUACAGAUACCAUGAAGAGAAUCGUAACAUGAAACAAUUUGUGGAAUUCAAGUUCGGCCCUCUUUUCAUGAGGUUAUGCUAUGAGCUGGGUUUAGAGGAGCUGGGAGCCAGAACUCUGACAGAUCCAGCUCUCAAAGGAUUCUUUUUAGACUCUACAUCCUUUAAUCUUGCUAUCGACAUGCUUUUUACUAAACAGCAUUACGAAAGUUGCCUGGAGGUGGUGGGAGAAAUUAAAAAACAAGGAGUGCCAUUCAACAAAGACACCUUCAUGCUAGCCUUUGCAGCUUGUUAUAAACUGAAUACCUCAAAGUCAUAUCAUAUCUGUUUGACCCUGCUGGAAGAAGGUCAGGCAAAAGGCAGCUUCAUCCCUCGACAUGCCUACUGCUUUGCAGCUGCUCUUGCUCUCAAACAGAAUGAUAUAGAGAGAGCCCAGGCAUUCUACUCUCAAAUAAUGUGCACGAACAGUCGGCUAUGUCAGAACCUACGGGUUCUCAUAUUGGCUAUGAAAGGGUCUAUGAAAGAAGCCGUUUCUGUCCUCACAGCAGCCCUAGUUUUAGAGUCGCCAGUGUUUGUGAAGAAACCAGAGUUCUCUCAGGAAGUGGUUAAUGUAUUGAAGAACAAGAGUGUCGGUGGGCUGUGGGAAAGGGAGGUAGAGCUGGUGGUGAAACAGUUAGUGGAGGCUGGCCAGAUCACCAAGCAGAGCAUCGACGAUUUCUUGUGUCACACUGCCUCUAGAAGGAGAAUGCCUCAGGGAAUACUGGAGCGGGAAAGAAAGACUACCCGGAGAAAUCAAAGAACUCUGCAGUCCAUACUACUGAUGGAGUGAACCCAGACUUUCAGAUUUUGUGUAUUAUCACAGAAGCAAAGAUGUUUUCUUGACCUGCACAGUCCGAAGAAGCAGCCAAUUCAAGAUCAGGCUUUGGCAUCAUCUACCUUCUUCUGUUUCAUGCCAGCUACUCUACAGUAAUCUUCGGUUAUUGAAAUCAAGUUAGGAAUCAAAUCACUUUAACAAAGUGAUGUUUUUAUAAUUUGAGAUCUUGUGCAGUUUUGUAUUCCGAUUUGAGAAAAUGUAAGAAAUGUGAAUAGAGCAGCGGUCAGGUGAUGACUUUGAACCGUCUUUACUCAUCAACCCUGUUCAUCUAGGUACAAUACUUAAAAGGUUAAUAAACACAAAAACAUUUUGUUUUGUA